AUGGGCAUUGAGUUUACUAAUUCCAGAGAAAACUAUUUGCAUGGAUCUGUUUAUGAGGAGGGGAAAUUCUGUGAGACUUUCCAUCUGAAUGCUUCUGGUUGGAGAUCUUGCGAGUGUUGUGGGAAGGUGAGCAGAAAAUUCAAUAUUUUGAAGUUUUUGCUUUUGCAAAUACAUUGUGGAUGUAUAGUUUCGUUCCACAUGUUUGUACUAUUGGAUGCUGGAGGAAUUGAGUGCAUAACAUGUGCGAGGAAAAGUUUUAUUUUGGUAAGGAUCAUUUUUGUCCCUAUUUUUUUUGAUUGUAUUAUAUAUUUUCACAAUGGUUCAAUCAUGCCAUCGUUUCCAUCCUUUGCAUUCCAAAUUCCACACAUUAAUCCUGAUUCGACACCAAAUCCUGCAUGGCCGCCACCUUCUCUCUUCCUUCCAGUGCAGCCUGAAAGAAUUAAAGAUCUCUCUGUCAAAAAUUGGAGUUCGAUGGCUGGAUCAGGUCCAGUACCAUGUCAACAAGCAUCCAGUUUGUUCAAUGGUUCAACUACUCAGUCUGAGCUGCCGCUGAGGAUGCCCUUUGACGUUGAUAUAUCAGGUGGCUUUGAUAAACUUGGUUUUAGUGAGCUAUUAUCUGCCGCGUCCCUGGAGAUUAAGAAACAAGAGAACUCGUAUGGAAGAUUAAUGAAUGGAAGCAUGAAGAGCGGUGUAUUAGAAAUACCUGAGAAUGGUGGCAAUACUGGAACCAACUAUGAGGAGCAACAUAAUCCUUGUAUAAAUGUUUCUCAGCAGUCUUUCUUAUCAAAAAAUGACCCUUUUCCAAAUUCUCGUUUGGCUCUACCUUCUGCAUCCAACAAUUGCAUAAAUGAUCAAACCAAGGUUUCUGGAACUCACAGACAACGAAUUACCCCUCCGUCUCCAGCUGGAAAACAAUUAUGUGGUAGUAAUGGAAUGGACUCAUCUGCUGAAGCUCAAAUACGCAAUGGAAAGCCUCGAGGAGAUUCCCGUGGACGAAAUCAGUUAUUUUCUCGGUAUUGGCCCAGGAUAACCGAUCAAGAGCUACAACAAAUAUCUGGAGAUUCAAACUCGGUAAUUACUCCUUUAUUCGAGAAGAUGUUAAGUGCUAGCGAUGCUGGAAGGAUUGGGCGUUUAGUGCUGCCAAAAAAAUGUGCAGAGGCCUAUUUUCCACCAAUUUCUCAGCCAGAAGGAUUGCCUCUCAAAGUGCAAGAUUCACAAGGGCAGGAAUGGGUAUUUCAAUUCCGAUUCUGGCCCAAUAAUAACAGCCGAAUGUAUGUCUUAGAAGGGGUCACUCCUUGUAUACAGUCCAUGCAAUUGCAAGCUGGUGAUACAGGUGACUAACUAAUGCUGCCUAAAAACAAUGCUUGCCAUUUAUUUUUCAUUUUGUUGUUUUAUGUAUUUUUUCCACCAAAGGGUUUCUUUUUUGAGUACUUUUAAGCAUGCUUUUGAUGUUGAUUGGACAUGUUGGUACUGUGUUUGUUGUCAGUAUUCACCUGGCAUGCUAUAUGCUGAAUUUAAGCAAGUAUUUUUGAGGUCAAAAUACAAAGUUUUGCUUGUGCAUACUGGAGAAAUAUGUUAGUCAAAAAGGGAUACAAAUUAAGUGUAGAGCCCUCAUAUAUAUAGCUAAUA